UUGCGGAAGUUUACGUUACGUAGACAUCGCUACGUUUUAGUUGGUAAUUCUCCACUUCCUGUACAGUGGGGGAUCCCGCUACAUCAACACCUAAAGUACGACUGACAAUCUUAGGUUUUGAUAUAGUCCGAGACGGAGGAUCGUGUGUAUUAUAAUCUGUGAUCGAUUACAGUAUCACUUCAAAUGAAAAUCUGGAUACAGAUUUACCGAUGCGGCGUUGCCUAAUUAUUUACCCCAUGACAUGGAGUGUGGAGUCACUGCAGAUCAUAUGUGUUUGUGAGUACAGAGAGAGAGACUAUAUUCGGAUCGCAACUCCUCGCCCUUGUGUGUAUUUGCCAGUCUAAGUCCAGAGGACUUUUGAAACAUCGGAGCCAGGAUGCUGAACAGUUGUUUAAAUUUUGCUCUAAUUCUACUAUAUGUCAAACACGGUGUGCCUUUUAACCUGGACAUCGAAAAACCUUCCAUUUUUUCUGGACCUCAAGGAAGUUACUUUGGAUUUUCUGUAGAUUUCUUCAAACCUAAUGACAAACAAUUAAGUGUUCUGGUAGGCGCUCCCAAAGCGAACACAUCUGACCAGUCUGCGGUGUCAGAGAGAGGGGCUGUUUACAGUUGUCCUUGGCAAACAAGCGGCGACUGCACACAGUUACAGUUUGACAACACUGAUGACAGGAGGAACCUAGAUGGAGUUCAAAUGGAGUUCAAAUCCAGUCAGUGGUUUGGAGCUACAGUGCGAUCCAGAGGAGAACACAUCCUGGCCUGCGCCCCGCUGUACCAGUGGAGCACAUACGGCCUGUCUGAGAGGGAGCCUGUCGGAACAUGCUUUCUGAAGAAAGGAGGAACGGUCGUGGAAUACUCACCCUGUCGUUCAAAUUCAGUCUCACCAGAGGGUCAAGGUUUUUGCCAAGCAGGUUUCAGUGCUGACUUUGUGAAGGAUGACAGAGUUGUUGUUGGAGGACCUGGGAGCUUUUAUUGGCAAGGCCAGCUGAUCUCUGAUGACAUAUCGGAAAUUGAAAGCAGAUUCAAUAAAGACUUCUACACUCCAUACAGCAACCAGCUCACAACCAAGUCAGCCAGCGCCCAGUACGAUGAUAGUUAUUUAGGUUAUUCAGUGACAGUUGGUGAUUUCAAUGAUGACGGGAAGGACGAUUACAUCACAGGUGUUCCCAGAGGGGAGAAGGCACUGGGCUAUGUUAACAUUUUCAAUGGGAGAAAUAUGGAGUCUAUGGUUAACUUCACAGGGCUACAGAUGGCUGCAUACUUUGGCCACGCGGUGGCGGCCACCGACAUUAACAAUGACGGGAUGGUGGAUCUGUUUGUGGGAGCCCCUCUCUUCAUGGACAGAGGGUCUGACGGAAAGUUGAGGGAAGUGGGUCAGGUGUACGUGUACCUGGGAAAGGGAGGAUUCUCGUUCCACACGGCCAUCAAGCUCACUGGCUCCGAGGUUUACGCUCGUUUUGGCAGCGCCAUUUCUGCUCUGGGAGACUUGGACAUGGAUGGCUAUAAUGACGUGGCCAUUGCUGCCCCCUACGGUGGGCCAGACCAUCAGGGACUGGUGUAUAUCCAUAACGGGCGGAGUUCAGGGCCUGACCUUUUGGCCUCUCAGGUUCUGGAGGGGAAGUGGGCAUCCACCUCCAUGCCACCCAGCUUUGGCUACUCCAUGAGCGGAGCCACCGACAUCGAUCUCAACGGAUAUCCAGACCUGAUUGUUGGGGUGUUUGGAGCUGACAAAGCUGUUUUGUACAGGGCUCGUCCAGUCAUCAGUGUUAAUACCACUCUGGACAUAAGCCCCCAAAUCCUCAACCCAGAGGAGAAGAAGUGCGCCCUGGGCUCCGGCACGGUGUCCUGCUUCAGAGUAAAAUAUUGUCUGAAGGCGAGUGGGAGAGGAGCUCCGAACGAUCUCCUUUUUAAGGUGGAUCUGACCCUGGACAGACUAAAACACAAGGGAGCAACGAAGCGAGUUCAGUUCCUCCACAGCAGGACCUCGGUGUACUCUAAGAACAUGACUGUGUCCAAUGGCAAAGGUCCAGCCUGUGAGGAGCUGGAAGCCUUCCUCAUCGAUGAGUCAGAGUUCCGGGAUAAAAUCACACCCAUUGCCAUUUUCAUGGAGUACAGUCUGGAUUACAAAAAGGCUGCUGACAAAACCGGCCUGCUGCCCAUUCUCGACCAGUUCACUCCUGCCAAUGUCACCAAGCAGGCUCAUAUAUUACUGGAUUGUGGUGAUGACAAUAUCUGCAAGCCAGACUUGAAACUGUCCGUCGUUAGUGACCAGAAGCAGAUCUACAUUGGGGAUGAUAACCCCCUGACCUUGGAGGUGACGGCUGAGAACAGCGGUGAAGGUGCCUACGAAGCUGAGCUCCACCUGACCAUGCCCCAGCAGGCGGACUUUAUCGGAGUCGUUCGUAACAGUGAGACGCUGUCCAAGAUCUCCUGUGCCUACAAGAGGGAGAACCAGACCCGGAUGGUGGUGUGUGAUCUGGGAAACCCAAUGAAAGGAGGAACCAGGAUCUUGGCUGGACUACGAUUCAGUGUUCACCAGCUCUCCGAACAGGACACAUCAGUCAAGUUUGACCUGCAGAUAAUAAGCUCAAACCAGUUCAACAAUACCAGCAGUGUGGUGUCCAGUGUUACUCGCCUUGCGGUUCUGGCCAAAGUGGAAAUAAGAGGAGUCUCCGCCCCUGAUCAGGUCUUCCUUCCCAUUGCAAACUGGCAGCCCAAAGACAGCCCUGUGUCAGAGGACGAUAUUGGACCUCUCGUCUUACACGUCUAUGAGCUGCGUAACAAAGGCCCGAGCACCUUCAGCAAGGCCAUGUUGGACAUUGAGUGGCCGUACAGGUACAACAACGGCUCUCUGCUGUACAUCACCAAAUAUGGUGUGGAUGGAGCCAUGAACUGCAGCACAGACAUGGAGAUCAACCCUCUCAACGUCUCGAACCCCACGGCUGGAGACAAAGAUGUGUUUAUAUCUAGCGGCGACAGGACAGAGGGAAGAAACCGGAACCAUGUUCAUCGCAGGGAUUUGGAAAGCAAAGAAAACGAGCAGGACCUGGAGAUUCUGGACUGUGAGAGAGCGCAGUGCCUGAAGAUAAGGUGUCAGGUGGGCCGACUGGAGAGGGGUCAGAGUGCCAUCCUGUUCAUCCGUUCCCGCCUGGGCGUGGCCACUUUCCUCAAGACUGAAAGUCAGAAUCGCUCAUAUGUCGUGAGGUCCUCGGCGUCUUUCAGCGUCAUAGAAAUGCCCUACAAAAACCUGGUGUCAGAGCUCCCCUCCAACAGCACUGCUGUGAAUCUUGCUGUGAUCUGGGUGAACUCCGAGUUGACACAGCCUCCUCCUGGUUGGGUGGUGGCCCUGGCUGUCAUGGCUGGCCUGCUGCUGCUGGCUCUGCUGGUCUUUAUUAUGUAUCGGCUGGGCUUCUUUAAGCGAGUGCGCCCCCCUCAGGAUGACUACACAGAGAAGGAGCAGCUGCAGCCGCAGGAGAAUGGAGACAGAAACACAGAGGCUUGAGGUUCUCCUCACUGCUCCUGGGCAUGUCAGCACUUCUCCACACAGAGAGAAAGCACGCAGUACUUAUGAAUUUCUACACCUUGCAUCACGUCAGUACACACACUCACACGCAGUCAUUCUCCUGUCUCGGUCGUAUUCUGAAAGCGUUGAACGAUUAGCACUGGAGGUGUCUGGAGGUCUGUAACAUAAGAGACUACUGCAGCUCCGCGGAGGGGGCAAAGAAAACGUUCAGAUAAAGCGUAAUGAAAUUCUGUUGCCGAACUAAACUCUAUUUUUCUUGGACUAUUGCCUGUCUUUUUUAACUGUUUUAACUUUUCAAAACCUACUGGUGAAUUUUGGUUCAUCUUUGUGCACUGACUUUAGUGAGACUAAUCGUAAAGGAGAAGACUAUGGGUCAGGGUUGUUUUAUAGAACUGUUGUUUACAAAGUCACAUCCUAUAAAAGAGACUGAGAGAAGUGUGAAAAACACAGAGGGUAAAAGUCUUGAAUCUUCUCUAAUUUAGUCCAAUUAAAAUUGAUUACAGGAAGGGUUACAGUCCUUGUUGCAUUAAUGAAAUAUUGUAAUAUGUAUAUGAUGUGGUAUUCUGCUGAGAGACUUUACAGGGCCUGUGGAUUAAACUGCCAUACAGUUCACCUCAGACCCAGAGAAAACCAUGCUCCCAUCACAACCUGUUAGACGCACAGGGGUUGAUCAUACCUUUUAGGUCAAGGCAUGAAAAUAGUAUUUGAAGUGAAAAAUGUUGCCAUUGCUUUUGGUGUUUGUUGCUUUUUUUCCCCCAAUAUUUUUCCAGCGCUGUAAGACUUUUGACUCUGAGUUGCUAUUUUAGUUUUAACUUUUGAUUAUGAAAAAUUCCUUUUUUUUCCAUUUCUACUGUAUAGAGAAUAUUCUGGUGUGGGGUAACUUUAUGUACUGUUUAUAAGUAAAAAAUUAGAGUAAUAUUGUAAUAUGCAUUAACAUUUCAUGUUUAAUUCAUGUUUCAGUCUGAAAGCCUUAAAGCCUAACAUAAUUACAGUUUUAAUUCACCCAGUGUCAGUCUGAUCAAAAUUGUGAAGUGUUCAAUCUACAAACAGAAUUUGUUAGUAUAAAUGGAUGAACCGUUGGCGUGGACCAUAUUCCUGACUGGACCACUUUUUUUUUCUUACCUUUAUCUUCACUCUUUCUUUUACAUAACCUGUACCUGUACAUAACCUCGUUUUCCAGCUCAGCGUAUUCAAAAGAAAAAAAAUGAACUUUAUUUACAUUUUUCUGGAAUCACGUGAAAUACUAGAGAAAUGCAUUGUAGUGUAAAAACCGAUUCUCUGGACAUGCGUGUGGUCCCUCUGGGUGGGCAGACGCCCUCUUGCUGUAGGUACCAACCUGCACACGUCUUUCUCUGUAGUUGUCACCAUGACAGCUGUGAUUUGUGGAGAAUGUGCCAUCUUAAGUAUUCCCAAGACUGUUUCAUCUGGACUGUCAGGCUCCACUAAGAGUUUCCUGCUUUUCCCCUCAGUGCUGUCACUAACAAAACCAGCACAAUGACAAACUAUGUUUCCACAGGAGACCCAACACAUUCAACACAGAUGUUUAAUCUGGUUAAUUAAGAUGAAUUCCUCUUAAUUAACAAGACGCAUCAUUUCCGGCCUUUUCAAAGUUACAGGUUGGCUGUGUCAGUUCAGUUUUAUGGUCACUAUUCAUGCAGGGUUGAUUUACUUUGGAUCUAAAGAUGAUUAGCAAUGGAGGAGAGGCCAAGAGAAAAACUCUUCGAGCAAUUGCAAAACACGUCACUAUGACGGCUGUGAUUUCAUUUUGAUUUGGAGGACGUUAUUACAGUCAAUGUUUUGUAUUAUAAGAAUCUCAAACUAAUCUACCCAUAUUGGGUUACCAUCAUUGGCUCAAGAUGGUUUGUUUUUCACAGUAAAUAAUGGUUGGAAAUUAGUCAACAAUCCACAUUUGCAUAAAAUGCAAGAUUAGAUUUUCUGUUUGUUUUCCUGUGCAUUAUAUUGUCUAUGAUGUGUUGAGGAUGGAGAACUAUGCCUUGCACUGGUCUCUGUAGCAGCCAUACUGAACUAGCUGAACUGUGCAUGGUCAUUUGCCUUUCCCAACCAGUGUUCGGCAUUCAACUUCAUUAUUGCAUUCACCCUUAUUAUUACUUGCAGUUUAUUUACUUUGUAAAUUUUGGGUUUCACUGCUAUGUAAGUUAA